AUGGCAAGGUUCCCAGCUUCUAUAAUUUAUGGUUUAACCUUAUUUGUUCUGAUCAGCGUUGCGCAAGCUGAAUACGAGCCUUACACGCCCAACUAUGCUUCUCCCCCACCACCCGCUUACGUAGCUCCUAAAUACGUUUACCCAUCACCACCACCACCGGUUUAUGUUUCCCCCAAAUACCCAACACCAACAUACACCCCCAAGCCAGUUUACGUCGCCCCCAAGUAUCCGACCCCAACAUAUACCCCAAAGCCAGUCUACGUCGCCCCCAAGUACCCGACCCCAACAUACACCCCCAAACCAGUUUACGUCGCCCCCAAGUACCCGACCCCAACAUAUACCCCAAAGCCAGUCUACGUCGCCCCCAAGUACCCGACCCCAACAUACACCCCCAAGCCAGUUUACGUCGCCCCCAAGUACCCGACCCCAACAUACACCCCCAAGCCAGUUUACGUAGCCCCCAAGUACCCGACCCCAACAUACACCCCCAAGCCAGUCUACGUCGUCCCCAAGUACCCAACCCCAACAUACACCCCAAAACCAGUUUACGUCGCCCCUAUGUAUCCAACCCCAACGUACACCCCCAAGACGGUCUACGUCGCCCCCAAAUACCCAACCCCAACAUACAUCCCCAAACCAGUUUACGUCGCCCCUAAAUACCCAACACCAACAUAUGUUCCCAAGCCAGUUUACGUCGCCCCCAAAUACCCAACACCAACAUACACUCGCAAGCCAGUUUACGUCGCCCCCAAGUACCCAACACCAACAUACACUCCCAAGCCAGUUUACGUCGCCCCCAAAUACCCAACACCAACAUACACUCCCAAGCCAGUUUACGUCGCCCAUAAAUACCCAACACCAACAUACACUCCCAAGCCAGUUUACGUUGCCCCCAAAUACCCAACACCAACAUACACUCCCAAACCAGUUUACGUGGCUCCCAAAUAUCCAUCUCCACCACCCCCAGCUUACGUCGCUCCUUACUAUUAA